GUGACGGCGGCUCUGGCCGGGAGACGCUGGGCGUAGCGGGGCGGUGGCAGCUGUGAGCUACCAUGGAGCACAUCCGCACCACCAAGGUAGAUCAGGUGAAAUUAAUAGACCGUUUCAGCACCAGCAACAAAUCGUUAAUGGGAACUUUGUACCUUACAGCAACUCAUCUGUUAUUUAUAGACUCUAGCCAGAAGGAGACUUGGAUACUACAUCAUCAUAUCGCUGCAGUGGAGAAACUUGCCUUGACUACUUCAGGCUGCCCUCUUGUGAUCCAGUGCAAGAACUUCAGGGUAGUUCACUUUAUUGUUCCCAGAGAAAGGGAUUGUCAUGACAUUUACAACUCUUUGCUGCAACUGUCAAAACUAGCAAGCUACGAUGAACUGUAUGCCUUCUCUUACAAUCCAAAACAAAAUGAGUCUAAGCAGCUGCAAGGGUGGCAGCUCAUUGACCUCGCAGAAGAAUAUAAGCGGAUGGGAGUGCCAAACUCUAACUGGCAGUUGUCCGAUGCUAAUCGUGAUUAUGAGAUUUGUGACUCCUAUCCCAGAGAACUUUAUGUUCCUAGAACUGCAAGCAAGCCCAUAAUUGUUGGUAGCUCCAAAUUUAGAAGCAAAGGAAGAUUCCCAGUGUUAUCGUAUUAUCACAGAGAUAAAGAGGCUGCCAUUUGCAGAUGCAGUCAGCCUCUCUCAGGUUUCAGUGCUAGGUGUCUGGAGGAUGAAAAUAUGUUGCAUGCGAUCAGUAUAGCCAACCCUGCUCAUCACUAUAUGUAUGUCAUGGACACUCGACCUAAGCUUAAUGCAAUGGCAAACAGAGCAGCAGGUAAAGGCUAUGAAAAUGAAGACAACUAUGCUAACAUUAGAUUCCAGUUUGUUGGAAUUGAAAACAUUCACGUAAUGAGAUCCAGCCUGCAGAAACUUUUAGAAGUCAGUGGUACAAAAGCUUUGUCUAUCAACAGUUUCUUGUCUGGUUUGGAGAACUCUGGCUGGCUGCGUCAUAUCAAAGCUGUAUUGGAUGCUGCUAUCUUCUUAGCCAAAGCAAUAGCAGUUGAAAAUGCAACUGUGCUAGUUCAUUGCUCUGAUGGCUGGGACAGGACUUCCCAAGUUUGUUCCCUUGGAUCUCUCUUGUUGGAUUCGCAUUAUAGAACAAUCAAAGGCUUCAUGGUUUUGAUAGAGAAGGACUGGAUCUCCUUUGGACACAAAUUUUCUGACAGAUGUGGCCAAUUGGAUGGUGACCCAAAGGAAAUCUCUCCAGUGUUCACUCAGUUUUUAGAAGGUGUGUGGCAUCUCACAGAGCAGUUUCCACAAGCCUUUGAAUACAAUGAAGCUUUUCUCCUUCAGAUCCAUGAACACGUCCAUUCAUGCCAAUUUGGAAACUUCCUUGGAAACUGCCAAAAAGAGCGAGAAGAACUAAAAUUGAAAGAGAGAACUUAUUCCUUAUGGCCAUUCCUUCUGGAUGAACAGAAGAAGUAUCUUAAUCCUCUAUACAAUCGAGAUUUUUCUCAGAAACUUGUCCUCUUGGAGCCUAACACAGCAUCCUUCAAUUUUAAGUUUUGGAGAAAUAUGUACCAUCAGUUUGACCGAACUAUGCACCCCAGGCAGUCUGUAUUUAAUCUCAUCAUGACCAUGAGUGAACAAAAUAAACAACUGGAGAAAGACUUUAAAGAACUUGAAGCUAAAAUGAAGCAAAGAAACAGACAAUCAGAAGAACUCCUCACUAAGGAACCAUUGCAGUCUGUCCAUCCUGCUUCACCAGCACUUAAAACUUCUCCGUGCUUUAAGAAGGAGCAGUCUUUGUUACCAAUGAAAGACUCCAUUCGGACUAUAGAGGGCAGCAACACAGCAGACAAUCGCUACAGUGAAUACAUGGAGGAGUUGUCAAAAGCUGAGCCUGCUGUUGUCAGCUUGGAGUAUGGAGUGGCAAGGAUGACCUGUUAGUGAAACAUUGAACAGUGCUUCUUUUUUCUAGACUGACUGAAAUACAAGACAGAUUAUUGUGAGGAUGGGCUAUUGCUGCAUGACCAAAAUCUGAUUUGUAUAAUAGUGAGCUCUGUUACUGUAGAAUAGAACAGCAUGCUAAUUGUUAAUUAAAGUGUUUGUUGUUCUCUUGAGAAAUAAUUCAAUUUAGCUGUAUUUAAGGAAAAAAACAUUGGGGCAUUCAAUGAUCCUUAGUGACUUAACCAAUGAAGGAGUGGUUUGUUUGGAUUUAACAAGUCAUAGUUUGCUCUAGAGUGAGUAAAACAGUGACAUUACUUUAAGAUAUGUGCAUGGCAGCCAAACGCAAAUGAUCUUUCAGAACUAAUUUUAGCUGGGCAGGAAAAACUUGACAAACAUUCUAUUUUAGAAACAAGUUAUGUGUAUAUGUAGCAUACAGUAUAAAUAUGUAUACUCCUAUUUAAUUUUGUCUCUCACUGCUAACUCUUGGUGUUUUAAGUGCCAUGAAAAAGUACAGUAUAUUUCAAACUAUAAAUAGCUGGCCUUAAAUUUGUCAAAUCAAUUGCCUUCUUGUCCUAGACUAUUGCAGCCUGUAACAUGAUUCUGUUUACAUUUGUAUUUGCUUGAAUUGUUCUUGCUCCUUAAAAUGGGAUCAGAUUUAUGAAAUGUAAAAAAAGCCUAAACAGUUAUGCUAUCAGCAAAUGAAGCUAUAAGAAUGUUGAAUCUUACGCUGAAAAUUAUUCUUAUUUCCUAUUCCUUUGUUUAAAAUUAUAAUUGGCAAAAUUUUGUCAACCUAGAGGAUUAAUGGACUGACAGCAUAAUUGAAACUGAUUCAUGUGUACAGUUUUUAAAAUGUUGAAUUGUGGCAAGAUUUGUAACUUGGGCACCAGUGCAAAGGAUUAAAAAUUUGGAGAGGUUUUAUUAAACUAGCACAUUGCUAAUAACUGAACAAUGGUCAUGUUCUCUUCAGGCUGUUUAGCUAUUAGACCUGCAAUGGAGUUUGCAACUGCAUCAGAUUCUCUGGGUUACAGUGGCAGAAGGGAAAGUUCUAGGAGCAGCACUUAGUGAUUUGCAUAGUUUUCAAACAAAAUUGCUGAUUUUUAACAGAAUUCUAACAUAGAAUCAUAGCACUGGCAGGGACCUCGAGAGGUCAUCUAGUCCCCUUCACUCAUGGCUGGACUAAGUAUUAUCAAGACCAUCCUCUCAGGAGAAAUCUGUAUUUCAUGAGAAAUCGAGGUAUUUUUGUAGUAAAUUAGUUUUUCAUUUCAAUAAGUUUCAGUUUUUAGUGAGGGUCCCCUUUAAUGAGACUAACUUUGCAAGACGACACAAUCCCACUUACCUGAAUCUGCAGGUGGUCAGUUUUGGAUGAUUGUGGGGGGGAGCCAAAAGACUGCUGUUGGCCCUGGAGUAGGGAGCACAGGAGAAAGUACCAGAUUUACAAACCAGCUGGCUUUAAAAGGGUCAUGGCAUUUGAAGUACAGUCCCUUCGAAGCCACUUACUUUGGAAAGCCACUUAACUUCAUCUAGAAUAUACAAGCCUUGGGACAUAAUUGUACUUUAGUUAACAGGAAGGCUUGGUAAGAAGGAAUGUACUGUUUCUCACAGAGGUAAAAUAAAAUGUGUCCCUAGAUUGCCUUUCAUGUUAACUUCCACUGAAUUAAGAGGCUUUCCCUGGGUCUCUUGUUGUUUGCAACAUUUUCUCAGUUGUUUCUAUUGCCUGGGUCAGGAGGGGAAUUAGGUUUGAAAAGGGUAGUAGAAGAAAUGUGAGUGCCAGUUCUUAAGUAGAGGUAUAAACAUUACAAGCCAAGGUAUUAAACUCCCUAGGGGUCUAGGUGGCAUAGUAGGUUAAUGCCACUGGCUUUGUACUUCUGGGUUCAAAUCCCUUUUGGCUAUAAGUGAAAAUGAGUUUAGUCUCAUUCUAAUUCCUAAAGUGUGUCUCAUUAAAAUUGCCAGCACACCACACACAGCUUGCCACAAUUGGCAGUCUCUCUCUGCCCCAAAUGAGAUCCAGGACUGUAAUAAACAGGGCAAUGCAGGUCAUGAUCAAAUAGCAUUGGCAAAGCUGUCUGGGAAAAAUGACAGUGUUUGCCUGCAUCUAGCCGGUGUAUAAAAAAGCUGCCCAUUUCACUCACCACAUUACAAAACUUGGUGUGUAAAUGAAUGUUUGUCAGAAUCUUUUUAUCACUCAAACACCUUUCUGAUGUCCAUCACUUUUCAGUAAAAGAGGGGAGGGGAACAUCCUUCUAUAUAAACAGUAAGACUGCACAGUUUUUGCUUUUCAGCCAUUGGUUGAGUUUGUUUGCUGCAAACCUGUAAGACGCCAAUGUGCAAAGGAAGGCUUUUGUGCCUUACCGGCCAGCCCCAUUUGCUAUGUCAUCUUGGACUUGUAGUUUCCCAUUACGGAUGAUCUCUGGUAUUAACCUUGUUUCUUAGUACAGUCACAAAACAAAGACUUAAAAAAUAACCAAGGUAGGUGUAUCACUUUGUACUGUUUGUCUUUACUUUAAGCUUUUUUGCUGGCGUGCCACGUAUGUUGCUUUUCAUUGUUAUUGCUUAGAGGUAACAGACUCUAUAAAGUUUGUAGUUUACUAAACUCGUCUGUUUUGCAAAACAUUGUGGGAUGAUAUUUUUUACUCAGGAUGUGUACUGAUAUGGCUGUCCUGGAGCAAACCUGUUUCCUUUUGGUGAUGCUAAAAUCAGCCUGUUACUAAUUCUUCUUGGCCUCUUGUCAAAGGGGCACCUUUUGGAACAGAAGGAAUCAGUAGGUCCCACUGUAUUUUAGAUCUUGGGGUAGACCUCUUAAGUCAGCCUUGAAAUAUAAUUAAAAAUUACAUGGUCAAGCACAAAAUCUGCUUGACUACUCUCUUGGUGAAGACUAAUCUUUUACUUUCCUGUCCAAAACAAAAAUUACUCUUGAUGAAUAGAAUUUUAUUAGGCUGUUUUGAACAGAAGCUUCUUGCUCACCCCAGAUAGCCCUUUUGAAAACCUGCCAGUUCAGCCUCCAGAGUCACCAGUUGAAGAAGCCCGGGGAGGGAGGCAGCUGUCUCUUACUUCAUUCACGAGGUAGAUUUAUGCCUAAAGCACAUGUGACCUGGGAUGAAGUAAGCUCCAGCAUAAACCUUGGCACUACUCCCGUGAGCUAGCCAGUUAGCCUGGUGGGGCCAUGCAGUGUCCUUCAGGAAGGUUAGAGAAGAAAUUAAGGGAACUGGUGAUAUGAAGAGCUGUGACAGAAGUUUUCCAGGAGGAGCAGGGGAAAGGAUUUUAAUUCUACUACCUUACUGUAUUCAAGAGGGUGGGCCUUUCUGUUGCUAGUAGAAAUGCUGCUCCAACAGGAUAUGCUCAUAAUACACUUCAGGAUAGAGAGCUCUGGAUUUCUCCUUUUUUGAUCUCUGGUCCUGUGGGUUGGUGCAUAGACCAUUUCAGCAUGCACACUUUAACUUUUGUCUCAGGUACUGUAAGGGUGAUCUGGCAGGUCCUGCUUCAUCUGUCAUGGAGCAACUGCAGCUGGAGUCUGUUGUCAAGGUUGUGUUCCGAUUUGGGAAGUUAAUAAGGAUUUUAGAUCUUCUAAGAAGUGGGGUGUUUUUUUUUCUUCUUUUUUUGGGGGGGGUAUCAUACUUCGGCUGUGUAGAAUAAUGGUAGAUAAACUGAGUAUGACUGAACUGUAGUGUCCUUUUUCUGUUACUCAGAAAUUUGACUUUGAAAAUCUGUGAAGGAAAUGCUUUCUGUCAUGAGACAUUGGGUUUAAUUUUAAAGUGGCCUUGGGUGGAAGGUGUAGUUGUACGAAAAGAGCUUUUUUUAUGGGAGUGGAAGUUAAUUAUAGUGACUCUGUCCUUUUUAUUACCAUUUUCAAUAUCCAACUGUUCUGUUUUGUAGGACAACUGCCAAAUCAGCAUACUAAGAAAUUAAGCAACGCUGAGCUGAGCUUGUGCAAUUUUCACACACGUCCAAUUACUAGUGACCUAAAUCUAGGGGGGAAACAGCCUGAAGUCUAGCGUGUCCAUUUACAAAAUAAAAUACGCAAAAGCAGACCUUCCACCAAGCUGCCCAUCCCUGGAUUUUCCAUAGAACAGUCAUCCUAAUGUAAAUAACUGUUUCAGAUGAAAGAUUAAAAUUAAAGCAGAAGAUAAGCUAUUGCUUUAACUGCACAGAAUAAUACAUAGUAGAAAGUAAUUGUAAGGAAUGGCUAUUAUGUAUCCUUUCUGUAGCAGUUUUAAAAGGCUUUUAUAUCACACUCUCACAGAGGUACACAUCUGUAAAGCUCUGAGAUAACUCAUUACUCUGACACUGGUACAUUCUAACAACUGUGCAUCCAUUAUAGACUUAACAAAAGACCCCACAGCUGUCUUAUCAAGAGAGGGAAUGAGGCCAAGACACCACUGCUUAUCCACUAUCCCCUUAUGAAAAGUGCGAUACAUAAUCUGAAGAAAUUCCAUGUAUUUGUGGGGUGGUGGUGGUAUGGGUUUUUUUUUUGGGGGG